AUGGUGGUGCGUGCCGCGAACGGCCGCAAGAAGCCGAAAGCCAGGAAGGCAGCGAGCCUGCUGAAGCGUAAAGCGGCAGAGCCUUCAGGUGAAGGAGAACAGCCGCUUGCGGCAGAGGUCUCCGCCUUCGUCGAAAGCCUGGGCGGUCUAGGCCCCGGCCCUGGAAGAAAGACCAUUGCGAGCGAGGACCUUCCCCCGGAGCUGCAAGAUGCAGAGAUCUUGGGCGGGUCCUCAGAUGCAGAUGCCUCCAUCUCUUCGGAGGACGAGGGCAAGGUGCCGAUGAAUCGCAAGGAGAGGAAGGAGGCCGAGAAGCAGGCGAGAAAGCAAGCCGAGGCCGAGAAGAAAGUGCAGCAGGCGAAGGCUGCCGCGAAGACACCUGCAAAGCCGGCAGCAGAGAGCCAAAGUGCCAGCGGCAAGCGCGAUGGGCAAAUCUUCCUGGCAGCGUUGCCGCCGUCCGUUGACGGUGAUACCUUGAAGAAGGACUUCGCCAAGUUCGGGGAGAUUUCCCGCUUCUAUUUCCACAAAGACAGCGAUGGGUCUCCGCGGGGUACGGCCUGCAUUUUCUACAAAGAUCCCGACGAUGCCGACAAGGUGAUCCUGCUGGAUGGCAUCGACUACAAGGGCAAUGCGAUCAAGGUAAAGCGAAGACCGCCGCGGAAGCCCGGCGGGAAGCAGGUGAAAAAACAGCAGGAGCGCGCCGUCAAUGAGGCAGCGCCCACGAAGGAGCCUGCGGCCACACAGACCUCGGUGCCCUUCGCGUGCAAAGCUCCAGGCUCCGGGAUUCUGAAGCGCACGAAGCACGUGGCGAAGCACACCGCAGCAAAAGACGAUGAGGUGGCUGCAGAUGAGAUGAUGCCGGAAGGAGCAUCAGCGCCUGGCUUGACUCCCUUGAAAGCACUGCGUAAGCCGAUCUCAUGGCUUCCAUCCCUGUAUUUGCCAGAUGUUCAGCUGAAGACAGAAAGCUCGCCCGACAGGAGCUCCGAAGGCGAAGAAAGCCAAGCGGAAACGCGUUGGCAGCUGAAAAGGAUGAAAGCCUCGUGGGACAUGGGCCUUUUGACAGACGGCUGUCAAUGCCGAAGGAAGGGCCGAAGGGGUCUCGUGGAGCCCGUCUCGGAGCUAGGCCACGUGCUCCAGGUUGUGGUCCCUCCCGGCGCCGCCAGCAAGCGGGCCAUGGACCAUUUGCACCCCGCCCUCCGCCAGCGAAUGGUUCGCACUUCGAAGGCAAUGAAAAGCUGCACGCUGGAUCGGGGCAGCGUUCUCCUGCGGCAUGGCGAGCCUGAAUGCAAGGAGGUGACGAUCCUUCGGCAGGGUGCAGUGGCCUUUUGCUACCCACCGGGCCAUGACGGCAAGGAAGCGCCGCGUUCUGCUCGCACGCCGCGAUAUGCGGCGGCCGCCAUGGGAGCGUCGCAGAUUGUCACCACCCCGGGUGAGCUCAUUGGCGUGUAUUCGGCCAUCUUCAAGGACCCCGAGCCUGCCACUGUCCGCGCGGAAAGUGCAACCUGUGACAUUUAUCGCGUGCCAUGGGCCGGAAACUUGAUGCUCAGGGCAGGGCAGCUUCGGGGAUAUGCUAGCAAUGUGCUGCAAGGGGCGGAGGGAUGUCCAACCGCGAUUCUGCCAGUGCUUGUUCUUUAUGCUGAAGACUCAGACGGACGCAGAUCAGCACAUCCUGCGGCCGCACUGAAGAUGGUGCUUUGCAUCCACGACCAGGACCACCUAGGCCAGCGCCGCCUCACGGCCGAGUGCGUGGCGCGCCAGAGCGAGGUGCAGUGCGUUUCCUCCACGCUCGCCCCAGCUGCCACAGCUUUGGCUGCGGGCGUUUUGGCGAAUAGGCGCUCGAGUGGAGCGCGGGGCACUGCAGCCCGGGGUGUCCGGAUCCAGGCCGUCGCUAGCAGCCGAACGAACGGGCUGGUGGAUCCGCGCGUGGAGGGGCCGACCAACUUCGAGAAAGAGCUGGGCAGUCUCGGUGCAAAGGCAGAUGUCCAGGCCAUGGAGCUUUCGAAGCUUGAGGCGGAGGAUGACGAGGAGGAAGCGGAGGAGAUCUCCCCGCCCGAACCCGCGAAGCGCGUAAACACUCGAGAAGUGGAGCUCUGGCCAGGGAUACCAGAUCCCAUGGUGGACUUCGGUGGCCUCCCCAUCCCCCAGCGCCUCGCCGACGCUUUUACCGAGCGUGGCAUCCUCCAGCCAUCCAGCAUCCAGGAGCUCGUGAUGCCCAAGCUGGCCAAGGGCGAGCACAUCAUCCUACAUGCCCCUACAGGCAGUGGGAAGACACUCGCAUACUUGCUUCCCAUCCUCGCAAGGCUUCAACCGACCAUGCACGUCGGCGCACAGGCCAUCAUUUUUGUCCCGACGCCGGAGCUCGCCCUUCAGGUCACUCGUGAGCUGAAGUGGCUGAUUUAUGUGUUGGCAGGUGGCUCCGAUGGCACUUGCUGGUUCAACCCGCAAGUUCCACAGGAACUCGCCUGCAGCGUCCUGCUGUCGAGAUCGAACUUGUGGGAUACAAUCCGCCAGGACUCUGCAAUCAUGGUCUCCACACCAGGCAUGAUCCUCAGCGAGAUUCGUCAGCUAAAGUUCGAGGGCAGGCGGUUCAAAGAGACCCUUGCCUACUUCAUGGCCAGCAAUGUUCAGGCCAUCGUCGUGGAUGAAGUGGACGCGCUGACGCCGGUGCCGCGACCAGGAAACAACUCGCGGCGGUUUGGUGCAACUGAGCAGGUCGUGGCCUACAUCAUCAACGUGGUGAGAAGUCGAUAUCGGAAUCGGCCGAUUCAGAUGAUCGCAGCUUCUGCCACUGCCAACUGCCAGAGAGUAUCCAAGUUCCUGGAUCGGCUGAAUGCCUGGAAGUGGAACAAGAGACGCGACAUGGCCAGGAGGCAGACACCAGAGCUGAUCCAGGCCAAUGCCACCGUCGGGCGCGUAGGCGCCAGUCCCGGAAAGAUCCGGGGGCCCUCGAAGUCGGUAGUCCCGAUGCCAUCGAGCAUAAGCCAUGCGGUGGCUGUGGUGAAGGGCAAUGAACAGGGCAAUUUCUUCAGUCAGGACCGGUUCAAGCUGCUGGUGGAUAUUGUCAAGAACUUGAAGGAGAAGGGCACUGUGCUCCUUUUCGUCCCGGAGCAUGUGAAAAUGGAUGCCAUGGUGCUGAUUUUGCAGAAGGGUGGCAUUCCGGAUGUCUGCAAGUAUCGCUCCGAAGUCGGCCUGGGCAUCUCAACAGAGAAGGCCCUGGAUCCAAGCUUUCAGCGAAACCCCCGGAAGAAUCCGAACAAGCGAGCUCCACCCGCCGAGCAGGACAUCAGCCCGCUGCGAGCGCUGCAGCAGGGCCAGGACUUCGUGGACCAUCUUGAGCAGGUAGAGCGCCGGGUACUCGUGGCGAAGGUCCAGGAGGGCAGAGGCAUUGAUCUGCCCAACGUGCGCUACGUGGUGCAGCUGCAGCUCCCGAAGGCCUCCGGCGAAUACCUCCACCUCGCCGGACGAACGGGCCGCAUGGGCGCCACGGGAACUUCCAUCACUCUCGUCACGGAGGCGGAACUCGACAAUGCGCUGCCUCUCAUCGGCUGGAAGAUCGGAGCAUCCUUCGAUAAGUGGGAUGUUGAGCGAGGCCAGAUCGCAGAGGGUGUCCGGGUCUUGAUCGACCAGACUCAGACGCUUUGGAAGGGCUGCUGA